CUUUCAUCAGUCAUCACCACUCUACUCAUCAAACACUGAUUCUUGAUUAUUUUGUACUGAAGUAAGAAGAAACGUCCAAGAAUCAAACACUUCUGCUACUUCUACAGUUCUACUGCUGUCACUCUCCCCACCUUUCAAUCAUACACAUAACCAAAACCUCAUCCAUCUUCUGCACCUCUUUCGUCCAUGGAAGAUUCAAAGCUUGCUCUUCUAUUUACUGGGUUUUUAUUGCCUGUGUUGGUGGCUUCGGUAGGGAUAAACUAUGGACAGAUCGCUAACAAUCUUCCUUCACCGGAGCAUGUGGUUCCGUUGGUAAAAGCCAUUGGUGCCACUAGAGUGAAGCUCUAUGAUGCUGAUCCUAAAGUGCUGAAAGCUUUUGCAAACACUGGGGUUGAGUUUAUUGUGGGGUUAGGUAAUGAGUACCUUUCGAAGAUGACAGAUCCAGCUAAUGCUCAAGCUUGGGUGAAGGCUAAUGUUCAGUGUUACCUCCCGGCGACUAAAAUCACCUCCAUUGCUGUCGGAAAUGAAGUAUUGACUUUCAAUGAUACUUCUCUGUCUGGAUGUUUGCUUCCGGCGAUGCAGAGUGUACAUACUGCUCUUGUGAAUCUGAAAUUAGACAGUCAGGUUACUGUUACCACUGCACAUUCUGUUGCUAUUCUUCAAUCUUCGUAUCCUCCAUCGACGGGAGCUUUCCGGCAAGAUCUGAAAGGAUGUAUCGCUCCGAUCUUAGAUUUCCUCUCGAAAACGUGCUCUCCAUUCCUCAUCAAUGCUUAUCCGUUCUUCGCGUACAAAGCUGAUCCGAAGCAAGUUUCGCUUGAUUUCGUUCUGUUUCAACCUAAUGCUGGAAUCGUUGAUCCAGGUACCAAAUUGCAUUACGAUAACAUGUUGUUCGCUCAGAUCGAUGCGGUCUACGCCGCUCUAUCCUCCCUAGGUUACAAGAAGCUCCCGGUUCAGAUCUCGGAGACUGGAUGGCCGUCGAAAGGAGACGAAGAUGAAAUUGGAGCGUCACCGGAAAACGCGAAAAAGUACAACGGAAACCUCUUGAAGCUAAUCAAUCAGAAGAAAGGAACUCCAGCGAGACCUAAUUCCGAUUUAAACAUCUUCGUGUUUGCUAUGUUCAACGAGAACAUGAAACCUGGACCGACAUCGGAAAGGAACUACGGCUUAUUUAAACCCGACGGAACUCCGUCGUAUGGUUUAGGAUUCUCCGGAAUCGCGGUUUCCAGUGGCAAUUCCACAAGCACAGGUAGUGGUAGUAGUAGCAGCAGCAGCAGCUCCGGAACGAAUGGACCUUCGAUAUACUUAUCGCCGCCGGCGAACUCAUCGAGUGGAUACCUGGCUAUUUCGUCGUCGACGGAAAGAUUUGCUUGGAGCACGUGGGCAAUGUUGGGCAUGGGGUUCAUGUCAAUGGCAGCGUAUUGAGAGAAGGAGAUAACGUAACGUAAUCGUAAUGUAUGUGGUGGUGUUGUUUUGUAGUUUGGAAAUUCUUUAAUUAAAUCUUAUUCUUAUUAAUUAUGGCA